UUUGCCGAACCUAGAAAAACAGAUACCGGAUCAACGAAGCUCCAGUAGAGCAUCGAAAGCCUCUGGCAGAGCGAUUUUUUUUAAUCAAAACGGCAGCGGCUAGUUGCGAUUGUGCGGCGGCCUGUUCCUGCGAAUGCAACUAUCGGUUUCGGAUGCAGCAGCAACACUUCCUCCCGGAUGCUCCAGAGAAAGUGCCCUGCCCGGUGAUUGUAGUGACCACAUCCGGUGGUGGCCAAUCCGAGGAAAAACCGGAAGGGUUUUGGCACUGGAGUUGGAUUGCAUUUUUGUGGAUGUUUCAGUUAUUGCUGCUUUUAGGUUGCCUGAAAGCUUUGCUCGGAGUUGUUUACAGCAAAGUAGGGAAGUGGCGUUACGAUUAUGUACAGCCAGGAAAACGAUAUGAUCAGUCCUCCAGCUUCCGAAGAUUUCUAAUUAAUCUUGUGUUCUUCGUCGUUUAUCCUUGUGUGUGCUGCUGCCGAUGCUUCGAGGAGCAUGUUAUUGAUGGUGCCGAUGCUGAAAGUGAAGAUGAUGGUGGUCCCGAAACGGAUCGACAGCUGCACCGGCAAGGACUCUUGAAGGGCACAACGGUCAUCCAGAGACAGGUGCAGUUGACGACGACGACCAUAACUACGACGACUGGCAGUAGCAGCAGCAACAGUGACCCGGAGGAGCUGGAGGGCUGGAUCAGCAGUGGACCGGAACAAAACCGCAUUCGAGCCAAGCCGGUGCCAUACCGGGAUGAAAGCCGCAGGGUGGAAAUGGAACAGCAACGGUCCUCGGGGCAAACUGACGAUGACGACCUAUCCCGGCUGCUGCUGGAUAUCAAGUCCAGUUCCGAGGAAAUUGACCCGGAUCCUGGCCAGGGAAAAAGGAAGGGUAUGGGGAUGGGAAGUGGUCGGGGCAGUCCCUACCGGAACAUCGAAGACGAAGAGCACGAUACAAAGUUCGUGCUGACGGCGAUGGAUCGAAGCCGGAAGUCGUUGAGAACGUUAAGCCCAGCCUCCAAGAGCCCCAUAGGAGCAUCGACAGAAACCCGAGAUGCAGCUGAAACUCUGGUGCGGAAAUUGUUGCAAGCCAAAAUUGUUUACCGUCGGUUAACAUUUCCGUGUGGUCAUGUGAAAAUUGCGCCAAAUCAACCGUACUCAAUCCAAGGCUACUUUAUCCCGCUGGACCGUAACAGUUUUCAAUAUUUUUCCCACGCUCUGCUCCAUCAGUUCUGGACGGUGGUGAAAGACCGCGAGAACAACCCGAAAGUGAUAAGAAUUGAACCUCAAGCUCUGCUUACCAAAAGUUUCACGAAAACCUAUCAAUCGAAAGUGGAUGUACUGUCGCAAAAUGAUCUUUUUGUGCGCCCGCCAAGGGAUGCGCCCUGUAUCAAUGUUGAAGUUUUAAACUGAAUCCAUGAA